GAGUUUCUGUAUCAGAUAGUUACCCCCCUUCCUAUUCUUUUGGUUGUUGAGGUUCAUAUACAGGUUUAUUUCAGCUCUACAGAUUAAACCUACAGACACGAUGAUCAUUAGGCUGGGACGCCUGACUCCUGGAUACUUCCGUCUCCUGCAGAGGCAGGUCGCCGGCGAGGUGCAGGCCCAGCCGCAGGAUCGCUCCCUCAACCAGAUCGCCAUGAUGCUGGCCAUCAUGGGCCUCAGUCUGUCCUACUACAGCGCUAAACAGAUGACCGAGAAGGUGCAGCGUGGCCCGGCGUCCUGAAUAUGUGUAUAUACCUUGUACCGCACGGGUGAUUGAAUCUCGGAGGGUCGAUGAUAGUCGAAUCGGAGUGGAAUUCUGGAAUGUCUAAGCGAUUGAAGACCUUGUCCAACACUUUACACUAGCUAGAUUACAAUAAGCUUGAGAAUAGAUAUUGUGGGCGUGUUAGGGUCCUGACGGGACGAGUUUAAUUUGAUGGCUGCUUGGCGUUUGCACAAUCACUACCUCAGAAAAGUGUUAUAAACAUAGAUGUUUAAAAUGAAUCAAACUGUGCUCAACGUUAUGCAACUAGUGACUGUAAUGCGAAAGAAAGAUUUUAAUGCUGCACACGAGGAAUCGCUGAGCCAGAGAAACAAGAACAAACUAUAUGAGACUAAUAUAAGGUCUGUUUGGUGUUAGUUUUGUUUGUCACAUGUAAAAAUUUAGAAAUGAAAUGUAACUAACUUUGUUUUCUGUUUACGUUGUGGUUUCGUGUCUGUAAAUGAAUCUAUAAUGGUUAAGAUUUGAUGUAAUUUCUAAUCUGUGUGUGUGUGUGUGUAGGUUUUAAACAACCUGAUAUGUGAUGGUGUCACUUUUUCAUGAAUGUUGGAAUUUAAAAUAAAGCUGUGAUGAUUUUUUUUUUAA